UACCGAAACAGCUAUAAAUUCCCGAAUUGAAACGCCGAAGGUCCAGUUUCAAAGACCAAACGCUGAGAGCCGAGACUCGAGAAAAACAAAAGAACAGCAACGUUACAAACUUGCAAUGCAUCGAAAUUCCCGUUUCCUUUUCCUCUUGCUGGCUCUCCUUUUCCUUCCUCUCCUUUUUUCCGAUGCUAGGAAGGAUGCUCUCCUCGGAGGAUGGACACCAAUAGAGAACGUCAAGGACCCGCACGUCACCGAGAUCGCGAAAUUCGCCGUAGCCGAAUAUAACAAGCAGUCAAAGACAAGUUUAAAGUUGCUGAAGGUUAUCAAAGGCGAGACGCAGGUAGUUGCGGGGACGAACUAUCGGCUGGUUUUGAAGGCGACUGAUGGAAGCGCAACCAAGGCAUACGAGGCUGUCGUGUGGGAGAAAGCAUGGCAGAAUUUCAGGAAUCUUACCUCCUUUAACCCUGUCAAGGGUUGAUCUGAUUUCUAAUCUAUGAAUUUUAUGUUCAUCAUGUCUUUUUUUGUUCGGUGUUAGACUGAUUGGAGAAAAAAAUCUUAGUAAGUAAUAAAUUUGGGUUUGGGAUGUUACCAGUUUCAAAUUUUUAGAUUGCGAAUUUGCUUUGCCUGUUUUUUUUUUUUUUUUUUUUAUUUCUUCCCUGUUUCGUUUCUCAUAUAGUAAUAUCUAUGCUACUACAUGUUAAAAGAAUUUCAAAGCAUCAAAAGCUGAUACCUGUUUAAUAUUACAAAAAAAAAAAAAAAACCUUUUGUCCCUUAAAUAAAUUA